AUGGAUCAAGUUGAACCAGAGAGAUUGGCUCCUGGGCUACCUCGCAACAAAAAUACCACAACCGCAUACAACUCGCUGCUCCGGCUGUUCCAGCGCUUUUGCCAGCGCCAUGGAUUCUCUCGCCAACGCCAAACUAAAAGCAAGCUUAAACAAAGCGUCCUCAACGAGACUCACCAGCAAUUCGCUGCCGACUUUCACCGCGAAUAUGCCUCCUACGACAAGAAUUGUGUGUACAACGUUGACGAAACCGGGAUGCACUAUGACCUCCCUCCGACGUACAUUUGGGCUGUCAAGGGUGGCAGUUCGAAGAUAUCCUGCGGCGAAAGCACUCCAUGCGAUUGA